AUGAAUUUAGGAUAAUUUUUUUCCUUUCGUCUUCCCCGUCCCCGUCAAAAUCCAUCUCUUCCCACAGCGACUUUUCCUCUGCGCCGUCCCGUUGAGAAAUUUCCUCUUCUUCCCCGGUGCCCUAGCUCCAAGCUGCCGCCUUGCCGUGGCACCGCCCACGCCUCACACCCCUAAGCUCCCAACCCCACCCCUGUCACGCGCGUCGCCGCCUCCAACCUUAUCGCGGCACCGCGGCCCUGCCGUAUCCCCCAGCCGCCGCCGCCGACGCCGCCAUCUUCGUCAUUAGUUUGAAGACUGAUGGAUUAUGAUAACUCUAGAAGACACAAUCAAAGUACUUCCAAAAAGAGGACUCGUUUCAAUUCUGAUGAUGGAAAGAGGAAACGGCUAAACUACAGGCAGGAUGGCGGACAUAUGUCCUCUCAGCCAAUAGAAACCGUUUACAGGAUAUUGUGCCCAGGAAAAAAGAUCGGCGGUGUCUUGGGGAGAGGUGGUCAUGUUGUUAAGGCCCUUAGAGACGAGACUAAAGCAAAGAUACGGGUUGCUGAUUCUAUUCCUGGUGCAGAUGAGAGAGUAAUUAUCAUAUUUGAUUACCAAAAUAACUCCGAACAAGCUAGUCAAAAUAUUUCUAAUAUUGAUGGCCCAGAGAACAUGAAGCCCCAUUGUUUUGCUCAAGAUGCGUUGUUGAAGAUACAUGAUAAGAUUGCUGCUGAUGAAGAUUCCAACGAUGGAGUUACCUGUGAGAAUUCUGAAACUGCUGGUGAUGUGACUUCCCGAAUUUUGGUUCCAGGCAAUCAAGUUGGCUGCCUGCUAGGAAAAGGUGGCUCUAUUAUACAACAAUUGCGAAAUGAUACCGGCGCAGGGAUCCGGAUCUUACCAUCCGAAAACCUUCCUCAGUGUGCACUUAAGAGUGAUGAAUUGGUGCAGAUAUCUGGUGCACCUUCUCUUGUAAGAAAAGCUCUCUACGAGAUAUCUACUCGUCUCCAUCGGCAUCCUCGUAAAGAAAAUCCAUCUCUUGAAGAAAUUAUAGAUGCAAGCACACAAAGGAAGCGCGAGUCCCCACCACCGCUACCACAUGAAAAUCACAUGUUACCACACCUGCAUGUGGAUCAUCCACCACCAAUGCCCUUGCUUGAUCCAUAUAGAAACGGACCAUUGCAAUAUCCUGUUCCUGAACCAGAAGAGUUUUCUAUUAAAAUUCUGUGCGCUUCUGAGCUUAUUGGACCUGUUAUUGGCAGAAGUGGGGCAAAUGUUCGGCAGUUAGAGCAGCAGACUGGUGCUCGAAUUAUGGUUCAGGAAUUGCACAAAGAUGCUUCUGGAGAAAGGUUGAUUGUUAUUUCAUCCAAGGAGAUUCCGGCUGAUCCAGUAUCCCCAACAAUUGAGGCACUUAUUUUGCUCCAUAGUAAAGUAAGUGAGAGCAAAGUAAGCGAACCUUCAGUAAGUGCACCUUCAGAAAGUGCACCUUCUGAGGAGCACAAAUUGGUUACAAGACUUGUUGUACCAUCAAAAAAAGUUGGUUGUAUUAUUGGGGAAGGUGGGAAGGUAAUUACUGAAAUGAGAAGGCGUAUUGGGGCUGAAAUCCGAGUUUAUUCAAAAGCAGACAAACCAAAGUACUUAUCUUUUCACGAUGAGCUUGUGCAGGUUUCUGGGUCUCCAGAUAUUGCAAGAGAAGCCCUCACAGAGAUUGCUUCGAGGCUUAGAAAUAGAAUCCUCAGAGAUGGAAUUUCCUCUUUUGAUGGUCCUCCUGCUGAUAUAUUUCCUAGCAGGGAUUUCACACUGUAUGGAAGACCUGCCAAUCCACCAUAUGGAAGGCUUGCCAAUGAUACCCCUUAUGGAAGGCCUGCUAAUGAUACCCCUUAUGGAAGGCCUGCUAAUGAUUCCCCAUAUCAAAGGCGGCUUGCCAUUGAUCAACCAUACGGGCUUGCCAGUGAUUCACUGUAUGGAAGACCUGCCAAUGAUCCACUAUAUGGAAGACCAGCCAAUGAUCCACCAUAUGGAAGACCAGCCAAUGAUCCACCAUAUGGAAGACCAGCCAACGAUGCAUCAUAUGGGAGACCUGCCAACGAUGCACCAUAUGGGAGACCUGCCAACGAUACACCAUAUGGGAGACCAAACAAUAAACCCCAUGAUUCAGUAGAUUAUUUCUCUAAAAGAAGAGAGUAUCCUAGUGGAAGUCCAUUUGCUAGCGACGCUCCACCAUCUGCUUCUUAUGAUAGAUAUGCAGCAUCUGCUCGCUUGCCUACUAGAGAAAUGCCCUUGCCUGUUAGUCCUGGUGCUGAUUAUAUGUCGCAUCGUUCUUAUCAUGACCAUAUGCCUACUGAUAGCUAUUCUAGUAGAGGCAUGCAGCAAUUAGGCCUCUCAAGAGCUGGGAAUAGUAAUAUGCAACAAUUAGGCGUCACCAGAGCCGGAAAUUCCAAUGCUUAUGAUUACACUGAGGCUGCCGGGCAGAUGCAUGGACGUGAGGAUUAUCAAAGAGUGGCAGAUGUUACAGGGUAUUCAAGUAGCUCUGUUGAACUGAGGAUUCCAAAUAGUUCUCUGGAAUCUAUUGUUGGAGCUGGUGGUGUCAAUCUAGCAGAGAUCCGCCAGAUCUCUGGUGCAAGAAUGAAGUUGCUUGAAGCCCGUCCUGGUUCUUCGGAAUCCAUCAUGGAGAUCCAAGGUAUGCCGGACCAAGUGAGAGUGGCGCAGAGCCUUCUGCAAGGCUUCAUUGGUGCCAACAGCCAGAGCGUGCAGCCAUCCCAGUCUUCUCGCGACGUCCAUUACCCAAGGUGGAACUAAACCCUAGAGGCUUGUUGUGAAGAACAACAGAACACCGUGCAAACUCCAGGUCGAUUGCCAAGCUGCCACAUUAACUAGGUUGAGCGGUGUAACUUAGAUCAUGUUUGUUGACCAAAAUAAUCUGGGCUUUGGUUAUUUCCAAGGAUGUACUGCUAAACGUGCUUGUUUUCUUACUCUUUUUACCCCCUUUUGAGUGAAAUACAUCUGAUGACAAGAGUUGCAAGUACUCUGUAGUCAUUGUACACAUGGAACCUGGAUGGUUGAAGCUGUUGUUAUAUGCAGUGCUAUUUACGAACUUCA